AUGUUUUCUUGUUCAAUUCUGAAGUAUAGUUCUAAUCUUACAAAAUUUAAUAUAACGAAAACUAUUUUUACUUCGAGUGUUUACAGACAACAGUCUAACCAAGAUGAAGUAGUUCUUGAAACUAGAGAGAUUACUAAAGAUCGCACCCAAGCAAUUCCAGUGGAAACUAGCAUUCGAUAUUUGAAGAGUGCAGCUUUCGAAAAAACUUACGAAGGACAACCUGUGUGGGUUUUAUAUAGAAGAAAUCACAAAGGAUUGUUUCCUCCAAGAAAGACAAGAAAAACGUGUAUACGAGGUGGUCAAAUAGCUACAGGAAAUCCAUGUCCAAUUUGUAGAGACGAAUAUUUAGUUUUACAUGAACAUAACACAGAUUUAUUGAAACAGUUCAUAUCCAAAGAAACUGGUAGUAUAAUAGGCUAUAACAAAACUGGUUUGUGUCAAAAGAAACAUGAGGAACUAGUAGUUGCUAUUAAACGAGCAUAUGAUAGAGGUUUGCUAACAUAUGACGUACCCUUUAAACUAUAUGAUUAUUCAGAAUAUUCUCCAAAAUCGCAUUAAAGAUGGAAGCUACUUUCGUUAUUGUUGGAGGUGGUAUAGCAGGUGUUAGUUGUGCAGAAACAUUAGCAUUUUUUGAACCAGAUAAAUCUAUUAUUCUUCUUAGUGAAUCAUCACUUAUAAAAACUGUCAUUAAUCUUCAUGCUAUUACUAGAACUUUAACACAAUUUAAUAUUCAAGAAAUGGAAUCUUCAGAGUUUUCAUUGAAACAUCCAAACAUCACAGUUAUUCAUGACACCCUUGUUGAAAUUAAUGAUGGUGAGCAUUAUAUUCUGACAUCUACAAAUAAAACCAUAAAAUAUGAAUAUUUAUGUUUGUGUACAGGCGCCCAACCUAAGCUAAUACCACAAGCCGAAUUAUUUGAAGAAAUAAUUGGUAUAAGGGACACAGAUUCUGUAGAAAUAUUUCUUCAAAAAAUCAACAGAGCUAAAAAAGUGGCUAUUGUUGGUAAUGGAGGUAUUGCUUCAGAGUUAGCCUAUAAAAUUAAAAACACUCAAGUUCAUUGGAUUAUCAAAGAUAAACACAUUUCUGCUACUUUUGUUGAACCUGGAGCAGCUGAAUUCUUCUUAUCUUCACUUAACAAAGAUGUCCAAGAAGAGCAAGUUACCAAAAGAAUGCGGUACCAAGAAGAAUAUUCUCACAGGUCUGGGGCCGCUUUAGGCCCAGAUUGGUAUAAAAAUUUGAUCAUUAAAGGCGCUGGAGAUCUAAACAUUCCCUCAGAAAUUAAAAUACAUUAUGAAACUGAAAUAUCAAAUAUCCAAAGAUCCAAUAACUCUCCUUAUGCUCUAGAAGUUACUUUAUCUAAUGGCGAUAAAUUUACCUGUGAUAUGAUAAUUUCAGCAACCGGUGUCACUGCAAGAAAAUCAUUUGUUUCCAAAAAUGAGCUUGAACUAUCUAAUACAGGAGAAAUAAAAGUGAAUGAGUUUAUGCAGACCAAUCUUCAGAAUGUGUAUGCCGCAGGAGAUGUGUGUUGUGCUAAUUGGAAACUAGCAAAGCAUUGGUUUCAAAUGAAACUAUGGACACAGGCUAGACAGAUGGGUUCUUAUGCUGCAAAAGCUAUGGUAGGCCACUUGAACAAUGAAGAAGUUUUACAAGAUUUCUGUUUCGAGAUGUUCGCACAUUCUACAAAGCUUUUUGGAUACAAAGUUAUCUUGCUAGGUUUAUUUAAUGGGCAAAAAUUGGGAACAAAUUACGAAAUUCUAAUAAGGAUGACCAAAGGUCUUGAAUAUAUAAAGUUUGUGUUAGAGGACAAUAAGUUACAGGGAGCUGUUUUGAUUGGUGAUACUGAUUUGGAAGAGAUGGCCGAGAAUUUAAUAUUGAAUCAGAUUGAUUUGUCACCAUACGGAGACGACAUUUUGAAUCCUGAUAUUGAUAUUGAGGAUUAUUUCGAUUAGUUUUUAAAACAUUGUAAAAUUAACACCUGUAGUAUCUAAUAAAUAUUUAAAUGAAA